AGUUUAACGUGAAGUUAUCGACGUCGCGCCGGGAAACGGUCAAGUCAUUUAGCUACUUUACUCCGGUACAUCAUUCUUCGUUGUUUCAUUAAAAAACAUAUACAAUGGCAGCCCGUUACGAUCGUGCGAUCACUGUAUUUUCACCAGACGGACACUUGCUCCAAGUUGAAUAUGCCCAGGAAGCUGUGCGUAAAGGAUCCACAGCGGUCGGCGUUCGCGGCAAUGACGUUGUCGUACUUGGCGUCGAAAAAAAAUCUGUUGCAAAACUUCAAGAAGAGCGUACAGUGCGAAAAAUUUGUCUUCUCGACGAUCACGUAGUCAUGGCAUUUGCAGGAUUGACUGCUGAUGCCAGAGUUCUGAUUAAUCGUGCUCAGAUUGAAUGUCAAAGUCACAAACUGACCGUUGAAGAUCCAGUUACAUUGGAGUACAUAACUCGCUACAUAGCAGGGUUGAAGCAAAAAUACACCCAAAGCAAUGGCAGAAGACCCUUCGGAAUAUCUUGUCUUUUAGCUGGAUUCGAUUAUGAUGGGGUACCUCAUCUUUAUCAGACUGAACCUUCGGGCAUUUAUUACGAGUGGAAAGCAAACGCAACAGGCCGCAGCGCCAAAACAGUUCGGGAGUUUUUAGAAAAGUACUACACACCGGAAGAAGUGGCAACAGAACGAGGCUCUAUCAAAUUGGCUAUAAGAGCGUUACUAGAAGUGGUGCAAUCCGGUCAGAAAAAUUUAGAAAUAGCAGUGAUGCGUCGUGGUCAGCCACUGCAGAUGCUCGAUACGGACACGAUAGGUGAAUACGUAACAGAAAUUGAAAAGGAGAAGGAAGUCGAGGCGGAGAAGAAGAAACAAAAGAAGUGAUCUAGCGAUAAAAAGGACUUUUUUUAAUGUUUCGCAUCAAAUAAACGAACGAUUAUAAUGAAAAUACAGGUGUUUUGCGUCCUAAGAAUAGGUUCACUGCGGUACAACAAGAUCACUGGUGAAUGAUGAUCAAGAGAUAUUAAUUCUACAAUGUUUUUUUGCUGAUUAAUAAACUGUUUCAAUAAAUUAUUUGAAAUUUA